AUGGACCUGGUGGGCGUCGCGAUCCUUAGCGCGUGCCUGCUGCAAGCGAUCACGCUUGUGCUGCUGGCGGCCUAUGUCGGCCGGCUCCUUUGCAGGGGUACUUCCCUGCGAGGGCUGCUGUCUUGGCUGGCGGGCCUCUUCGCUAGCCAGCGGACGGACUUGGCGGACAUGAAGUUUCGGGAGGCACAGUGCAGGCUCCUGAGCUACGGCAGUGGCUUGCUGCUGCUGGGGUACUUUAUAUGGUUCUGCUCAAUGGAAUAUUACUACUUCCAGGGGCUCCCGGAGAUGGUUCCGGUGGUUCCGAUCCUGUCCUGCGUGGCGUUGUAUUCCCUCGGAUUGGUGUGGUUCACCUGCGGCACGGCCGUCGUCACCCCAAGGACCCUGGACUUGUGGACGACCAUGACCUUCCUCUGCAUUUCGGCACCACCCCUGCUGGACUCGGAUCCUGAGGAAACAAGCUUUACAGCACACCGGAGCUUGCUGACGCGGUUGGUGUGCUGUUUGGCCGCUCAGCGCUUUUGGCUGCCCUGCUCUUUGAACGCUCUGCAUGGGGCAGUCGUGCUUGUGCGCAUCAACGAGAGGCCCUUCGCGGAACAGGCCAGCGUACAAGUGAUCCUGCACUUUUCAGUCGCAUGCGUCGCAUACAUCGUGAGGCAGCUUGUGUAUACAAACAUUCGCACCUCGCUGGACCUGCGAAACAGCACGAUUGAGCUGAAAUCGGCCCUGCGACUUCUGCGAGGCUUUUGCGACGCAGUUGUGGAGCUGGAUGCGUGUCUGCAGCUGUGCGGCGAUGUCAGUCAGCUCACCACCAUGCUCCUGCAUGGAGGCGGAGCGUUCCCCUCGCGAAACGACUUCAUCAGCUACUUUUGCCCGGCUGAUCGUGAUCGCGUCGCGACAUGCUUACGAUCCGAGGACGCAUCGGACUCGCUCCCACAAGCGCUGAAUGCCAGGAUCAUGGACUCGCUCUCCAACCAAGUGGAGGUGGAGCUCUUGCACAUCCGCUUCGAGCAUCCGGAGGGGGUUCGGAAAUUGGUCGGAUUGCGCGAAUUCCCGGAUUCCUCCGCCGUGGCGCCCUUGGCGCAGCAGUCCCCCAGAUACCCUACACCGAUCGAAGCGGUGAUGCUCAUCGAAGUCCCGAGUUUUGAGGUGCUCGAGAUGGAGGGGCCCAUUGAAGAUGCCCUAAAAGCUCAUGGCUUGGCUACAGAUGCCCAGCUCAGGGACAGGGAGGGGUCCCAGCUCUCUCUUUCGGAGCUCUUCAACAGGAGGGAGCUCGCAAAGUUGCAGCGUGUGGUGAACCAGUGCAACCGUGAGGGUAACGAGGCCCGGAUCCUGGAUUUUGACCUCCGCCUCCAGUGGGGUAGGUCCCGGCGCAUGCGCUUGGAGUACGACUCGAUCUUGUCCACAUGGGUUGGAAGUCUCAUCUUGGAGAUACCCGUCGCCUCCGAGUUUGCCCCAUCCUUCCUUCAGACCAGGGUCAGCAAAAGGCGCAGUGACAGGAGGAAGAGGCAAUCCUCAAGAAGCUCUAGUGAAUCCAGAGAAGGGAGCGCGGCAAAGCUCCGCAGCAGUGUCUCACUCUAG